AUGAUCUCUUCCCGCCUAACCCCGAGCUUGUCCCAGACAUGGCGACUUUUCUUGGCCGGAUUUCUGCUCCUAUGCGGUGCUGAGGCCCAAGCAGUGUCGCCGUACAAGAUCGACACUCGGGACAAUAUCCUCGAAUCCGCCCGCACCCUCGCUUAUGACCUGAUGCUCUUCUACCCGGGCAACAAGACGGGUGGUAUCCCCGGCACUCUGCCCGGCCCGCCCCCUGCUGGUCCCUACUACUGGUGGGAGGGCGGCGCCAUGAUGGGCACAUACAUCGACUACUGGCACUUGACGGGUGACUCGAGCUAUAACAAAGUCGUCAUGGAGGGCAUGCUGCACCAGGUUGGCGACAAGGAAAACUUCAUGCCCGCCAACCACACGGCUUCGCUCGGCAACGACGACCAAGGCUUUUGGGGCAUGUCGGCCAUGCUGGCCGCCGAAAACAAGUUUCCCAACCCGCCCGAUGACAAGCCUCAGUGGCUUGCCCUGGCCCAGGCCGUGUGGAAUACCAUGGCCGAUCCCAGCCGCCACGACGAGACUUGCAACGGCGGCUUGCGCUGGCAGAUUCCCUUUUCCAACGCCGGAUACAACUACAAGAAUACCAUCGCCAACGGGUGCUAUUUUAAUAUCGGGGCGCGUCUUGCGCGAUACACGCACAACAAGACGUACGCCGAGCACGCCGACCAGACGUGGAACUGGUUAUGGGGCACCGGCUACAUCGACAACAAGUCUUGGCGAGUCUACGACGGCGCCCAUGUCGACCGCAACUGCACCGACAUCAACAAGGCCACCUUUUCCUACAACACGGCCGUCAUGCUGCAGGGGGCGGCCUUCAUGUACAACUUUACCGACGGCGAGAAGAAAUGGGCCGAUCGCGUCGAGAAGCUCACUGAGGUGAUUUUGACCGACUUCUUCCCCAAAAACAUUGCCUACGAGGUGCCCUGCGAGAUGCGCAAGGGCGCCUGCUCGCCAGACAUGCUGUCCUUCAAGGGCUACGUCCACCGCUGGCUGGCCGUCGUGACGCAGAUUGCGCCCUUUACCAAGCCAAAGAUCCUGCCGACGUUGCAAAAGUCGGCCGAGGCAGGCGUCAAGCAGUGCACGGGCGGAGCGUCGGGCCGCCAGUGCGGCUUCUACUGGAGCGACGGCACCUUUACGGACCCGGGCGUCGACAAGACGUCGGGCGCGGGCGAGGCCAUGAACGUGCUGGCGGCCGUGUCGAGUCUGCUCAUUGAGCAAGCAACCCCCCCCGUUACCAAUUCCACGGGCGGUAUCUCCAAGGGCAACGUCAAUGCCGGCGGCGGCCGCGACAACGGCGGCGAGGAGUUGCGGCCUAUUACGGGAGGCGACCGCGCGGGUGCUGGCAUCCUGACCUUUUUGCUCUUGGGCAGCGCCGUCGGCACCUUUGUGUGGAUGAGCGUGCUCGGGUAG